AUGGUUGCGGGAGUUGUGAGUGACAGAAACACAAGCGCAAGUGGGGAGAGCUUCAACUCGGGCGACUUUCUCUUCCGCUCGUUUAUCUCCGCCGAGCUAACUCCUCCAUCAACAGCCUCAUUUCAACCGCAAACGUUGCCCCAUCCACACCUUGCUAGGAUGGUUCAGCUCGUCACAACAGAUCGCAUUCUUACAGCGUACACGGCUGUAUCGGAAUUAAGCCGUGAAAAGCUUGAUCUGCCCCCCUCGUUGAAGCUACAAGACCCGAUAACACAUAAGCAGCUCCUCAGUCUCGCAAAGCAUUUGCAACCUGGCGGCAAGAUUAAUGCCGCAAUUGAGCUCAACUAUGCACCCAAGCCUACUAUCCUCAGCUUCCUUCUUCAUGGCACCACGGUCUAUGUUCCACCGCCACCCAAAAAGCCGGAACCUAGCCCCGAAUACCUCGCUUCGAAAGCCCGCCUCCAAGCCAAAGCCGAACAAGCAGAAUACCAACGCCUAAUGAAUCCAACCUACACAGAAGCACCCGACUACGCAGACCCCUACGCCGAAGCCGCUCUUUUCACAGAAGACACACUUACCCCAUCCCUUGUUUUAAAUAUCUUCCUUUCUGUGAUUAUCACUGGACUAAGCGUGUAUUGGGCUCUGACAAAGUUUACAUUACCUUCUAUGUUGGCUACAAUCUUCACUUCGUGGACAGGGCCGCGGGUGGAGGACCCGUUUGAAUUCCAGCCUGCUGAGGGAGCGUCUGAUGCGGUGCGCGUGUUGAUUGCAUUCUUUGCUGCACUGUCCGUUGCGGUUGCGGAGUCGUUUUUGUAUGCAGCUUAUCUUGGGAAGACAGUGCGGGCUAAGGUUAAGGAAAGGAAACUCAAGGAGCGGAAGGAGCUUAUUGGGACUGUGGGGGAUGAUGAUGAUAGUGUUGAUGCUGUGAAUACUUCCAAUAAGGAAGAGAUCUGGGGAAAGGGUGCUAAUGGGGGUGCUCGGAGGAGAGUCAAAAAGAAGUGGGAGAAGCAGAAAGAUUUGAAGGAUAUCUAA